UUAUACAUAUUUAAACGUUACCAAGUCUUAAAUAUUCCAGUCUAUUUAACCAUCAUGUUCGGAAAGCAUUUCCGAGGCGUCGCUGUGCAACUUGGAAAAAUUUCUCAGACUACAGUUUCUUCUAAUGCAGCAGAAUCUUCUCGUUCUGAAAGAAUGGAAAAACUUCGAAAUGGUAUUGUGGAGGCCUUUGUAUCUUCGGACAUUAAUGUGAGGCCUAUUUAUCUGGACGUUCAGGCUACUACUCCUACGGAUCCUCGCGUUGUUGAUGCAAUGUUACCUUACCAGCUAAAUGAUUUUGGAAAUCCACAUAGUAGGACACAUGCUUAUGGUUGGGAGACAGAAAAAGCAGUUGAUAUUGCACGUAAACAAGUUGCUGAUUUGAUUGGUGCUGAUCCGCGUGAAAUUAUUUUUACAUCAGGCGCAACAGAGUCAAAUAAUAUUGCAAUUAAAGGCGUUGCAAAUUUUUAUCGAGUUGCGGGAAAAAACCAUGUGAUUACUGCUCAAACUGAGCACAAAUGUGUUCUAGACUCAUGUCGUUUCUUGGAAAGUGUUGGCCAUGAAGUGACAUAUAUCCCUGUCAAAAGCAAUGGCGUGAUUGAUCUGGAAGUUCUUGAAGAAGCUAUUCGUCCACAAACAUCAUUGGUUUCAAUUAUGGCGGUAAAUAAUGAGAUUGGUGUACGUCAACCAUUAAAAGAGAUUGGAGCUUUAUGUCGCAAAAAAGGCGUCUUCUUUCACACAGACGCAGCUCAAGCUGUUGGAAAGAUUCCUUUGAAUGUUGAUGAUUUAAAUGUUGAUUUAAUGUCGAUAAGUGGGCACAAAAUAUAUGGUCCUAAAGGAAUCGGUGCGAUGUAUGUCCGCAGAAGACCUCGUGUACGAGUCGAGGCUCAAAUGUCCGGAGGCGGUCAAGAGCGUGGUCUUCGUUCUGGUACUCUUCCUGCCCCUCUGAUAAUUGGAUUUGGAGUUGCUUGUGAUAUUGCUCAACGUGAACGCGAAUUUGAUUAUGCGCAUGUCUCAGCAUUGGCAAAACGUUUAAUUGAUGGACUGAAUGCAGGGAUUCCAAAUAUAAUGCGCAAUGGGGAUCCUGAUAUGUGGUACCCAGGUUGCGUCAACCUUUCAUUUGCUUACAUUGAGGGAGAGAGUUUGCUUAUGGCGCUUCACGAGGUGGCUCUAUCGUCAGGAUCUGCUUGUACCUCUGCAAGUUUGGAACCUUCAUAUGUGCUGCGCGCUAUCGACCUGGAUGAGGAUUUGGCCCAUUCUUCAAUUCGUUUUGGUAUUGGAAGAUUCACAACGGAGGAAGAGGUGGAUUUCACUGUAAAAAAAUGUGUUACUGAAGCACAUCGACUUAGAGAGAUGUCACCACUUUGGGAAAUGGUACAGGAAGGAAUUGAUUUGAAAACGAUCAAGUGGACUCAACAUUAA